CGGCGACGGCGUCAUUGUUGCGCCGACGAUGCUGCGGACGAGGUUUUUGCUGAUCGGCGCCGUGCUUGCCCUGGCCAGGGCCACCGAGGUGGACGUGCCGGGGCUCGGCAGGCUCAAGGGCACCACCACCCUGACGCAGUGGACGCAGCAGAAGGUCUUCGAGUUCAGGGCCGUGCCCUACGCCGUCGCGCCCAGCGGCGCCAGACGCUUCAAGUACCCUGAGAAGUUCUCGGGGUGGUUGGGGACGCGGGACGCGACUUUGUACGGACAGGCGUGUCCGCAGCCGGGCGUGAGCGCCGCCGUCGCCCCCCUGUACGGCCAGUUCCUCAGCCACGACGAAGACACCCUGCCACGAAGGGCCUCCGCCGACCCUGAGGACUGCCUCACCCUCGACGUCUACACCAAGAAGAUUGGCAGUUCGGAGCUGCGGCCGGUUUUCGUUGCGAUCCACGGCGGCUCCUUCCUCUCGGGCAUGUCGUCGUCGCUCAAGCCGGGAUUCCUGCUCGAGAAGGACAUCGUCCUCGUCGUGCCCCAGUACCGCCUUGGCCCUCUAGGGUUCCUGAGCUUGGGGACGAGCGAGGCGCCGGGCAACGCGGGUCUGAUGGACCUGGUGCUGGCGCUGGAGUGGGUCAGGGACCACGUGGCGGCGUUCGGCGGCGACCCCGGCAAGGUCACCGUGGGCGGCAACAGCGCCGGCGGCGCCAGCACCAGCCUGCUGAUGCUGAACGCGCGCGCCGCCCCCCUUUUCCACCGCGUGCUGCCCCAGAGCGGCCCCGCCCUCGCCUUCUGGGCCCUCGACAGGUCGCGCUCCACCAAGCCGGCCUCCGACCUCGCCCUCGAGGCCAACUGCAGCCCCGGCCCCGCCGCCGUCCUCCUCGCCUGCCUCAGGUCCAAGUCGGUCGCCCAAAUCACCAACGCCUACAUCGCCUAUGCGUUGAAAGUUUACGCGAGCGGCGACCUGGGCAUGAAGAACUCGAUGCCCGUGAUCCAGGAGGUGGGCGUGGGCGAAAGGGUGGUGGACAGGGACCCCGUGGAGGUGUUCAGGGCGGGCGCCUUCAACGCCAUGCCCGCCCUCGUCACCGUCGUCAAGCACGAGGGCAUCUUUGACCUCGACCUGAUGUACCAGUCUUUCCUGCUGCCCAACGGCCUCCACAACAACGACACCUACCUCAGGGAGGACGUGCUGCUCGACUUCCUCAGGGUCUUGGGGGUGGAUGACUUCACGGGGGUGUUUUCCGAUUCGCUCAUGUCCAAGUAUAUGGACGAGGCCGACGUGGGCAACUUCAGCCGCAUGACGCCCUCGCUGAUCGACGUGACGGGGACGUUGUCGCACAAGGCGCCAUCGUUCGCGCAGGCGCACUCGCACGCCUCCAAGGCCAACACGUACCUUUUGACCUUCGACUACCACGGCGAGCACACCCUGCACGACGACACGCCCACCAGCGUGCCCAUCCCUGGAGGCAUCACGCACUCGGACGAGCUCAUCUACCUGUACCCUCGCGAGGGCAGAAAACUCAACGACGAGGACACCAAAAUCGCCAAACUCAUGGUCCAGAUCUUCACCAACUUCAUUAUCUCAGGGAAUCCUUCGUCGAUUCCUCUGGAGGGUGUGCCUGAGUGGCCGCACCUGAGCGGUCUGCAGAGACACGUGCUGAGCGUGAGGAACGGCGGAAAACAUGAGCUCUUUGACGACUACAGACGAACCUACACGGCGGCCAAGGACGAAGGUCUCGUCCUGAAAGGCUCUGCCCCCCUCCUCUCCUCCUCCACCCUGACGCUCCUCCUCGCCUUUGCAACUUUGAUUCUGCUGAGACGCUGAUUUUUUUGCUUGCAUUGUAAAUCGAGGAGAAGAAAAUGAAUUUAAUAAUUGCUUCAAAACUGUAAUUCGUGAUUCUUCGCGGCCGUUUCGCUAUCAAUUUUCAUUUUAUCCCUUGAAUUAGUGGUUGCUUUGAUCAAACAGAAAUUGAAAUAUUUCCAAUUUAACUAUAAAGAAACAAGUUCUCAAAUUUUAUUAAUGAUACAUAUCAUUAGCAAAAUAUGAAAUUACUAAUAAUACGAUUUUGUUUAUAGUGCAAUGAAUAUUGAUAAUUGAAAUAAAUAAACAAAAGAAAAAAUUCUGAAAGUAUAGAACUAUAAUAUUUGUUUAAAUUACAUAUUGCUUGCAAAUUAACAUGGCACUGACUUCUCUUGACACUUCACGUUUUAGCAACUUUUGUUUGCCGCAUAAACGUUACCAUUUCCUUUCCAUUUUAUAUUUCAUCUUUUUCUUUUUUCUUUUUAAUUUUUGAUGAAUAAAGAAUAAAUAUUUUAAA